AUUCAAUAGAAAGGCGGAUAUCUGGCCACCCAAUAUCCAUCGAAGGCUCGCUCUCGUGACCCGUCGUGAGGAGCUCACGACGCAAGAAGGCCGCGGAAGUACGAGGACGACGAGCAGAGCGAAGCCCGAGCAAUGUAACGGACGUCGAACUUGGCGCCAACAGCAGCCUCUUCGCAGAACCCCGAUGCGCAACGACGACGAAGACGAGGACUGAUUCUUGUGUAAAGUCUGAUAAUCUGAUGGCCGAUCAGGUCAGCUCGCUUUGUGACGAUUAGUCGACAAUCCGUGCCCGCGGCGGGGACAGGAUCGGAGGUUCGAGACGAUCGUGAAGAAAGACGGAGAUCAAGAUCAUCGAGAGAGUGAGAUUGAGAAAUGGAUGUGCACCUGCACGGAGCUUGUAUGGGGAAAUUGGUCGGACCGGCGGGAGGUGGCGGGGGAGGAGGAGGGCCAGGGCCGGGGGUGUCGACGCAAUUCCGUGUCAUGCCCAACGGGCUGCCUUCGGACUGCAUCAGCACCGACUGGGACAGAAUCCAUGCCGUGGGCCACUUCCCAUCGCUGACGCUGCGCGUGGCGACGCCUUCUCCGCAUCGGACUUUCAGCCCGGAGCCCUUGAAGAUCAGCGACGAGUUCAUCUCCUCGGGCUCAAAUUCGCCUGCGCAGGAUGCUCUCAAUGGCUUUCUGCUGCACGACAUCCCCGCGGGAGUUCGUCGCCCUUCGCUCACCCCCACGACCUCCGGCAAUGCUCUGUCGAAGCUCCUGGACAAAAAACCCGCUGCCCGCCUUCAAGACGACGGCGAUGUUCCUGAGGUUCUUGGCGCCGCAGGCUCCUUCGUGCUCAAUUGAGGCUGACACGUGAUCGGGAGGGGAGGUUCCAAGCUGUACAUACCAUUGCGUCUCCUGCGUCUGUUGCGGGAGAGUGGCUUAUGUUUCUUGUUGUACAUAGUUGUACAGCCUGGCUUCAAUUGAUGGGGUUGGUUGGUUCGAAAAUUCGGCGAUUUCACAUACUUUUGCGUUUUCCUGUAUCCGGGUUGAAAUAGUCACAUUGUAGAAAAGUCAGUAUCUGCUCUAUGCAGCUCGACAUACAGAUUGCCUCUGAAGGAUGGCGAAGCAGGACUUGUAGGUCGAAUGAGUGUGAGGCGUUUGUAAAUAUUUUACCAUAGAUCGUGGGUUUAAGCAGUAGACGCAGACAGUGGACAUCAUACUCUUCUGCAGUUAUGUGAAGAAGUGUUGGUACGAUUUAGGAGACUGCGGACUAGGAAGUGAUGGAACACAAUCUACAGAUUGCAGCUCUGAUAGCCUGCAAUGUACUGAGGGGACACAGUCAUUUCCUUGCAAUGGCUGAUGGAAACUAGAAGGAGACAUCUACGAAGAUAUGCCUUUACGCGAGACCAGCUUCUGGAUGAUUUGUUGGGUCGCGAGGUUUUGAGGUGGAGGUGGUGGAUCUUGUUGUCCCUCAAGUACCUCCAAGUUCUGCGUGAAGUCUUUGAAGCUUUUGAGCUCUGAUAUCCCUCCAUGUAAAGAGGAGACACUGAGGCAUUUCUAUGCAAUGGUUGAUGGGAAGGCCGAGGAGACAUCUACAAAGAUAUGCCUGAACGAGAUAUUUGUGUUUGACCAGUUCUUGGAGGGCUUGUGGGGUCGCGAGGUUUUGAGCUGGAGAUGGUGGACUUUCUGAGCCUUCAAGUACUUUCACGCUUUGGGUGAAGUUGAAGAAGGCCGCUGAGCAAAGUUGAAGAAGUGGAGAAGAGGAAAUUGACAGUGAAUGUUCCCAGGGUGGAAUGUUUUAGUUGUUAAGCAUUCCUCAUUCGUAGCAUAUGGAAAGCAAACCAGACUUUCAAAACUCCGAGUUCGUUUCUCGUCCUCGGAGAUAAGAUGUGGACGACUAAUGUGGAGUUGGCGAGAGCUUCUGGUUGUAAAACUUCAAUUGGCUAAAGACGGAAGAAAAUAGGUUUUUCGCUGGACGAUACAUGUCAAUCCCCGUGACGUGUGUACCACUAUUCCGGGUAUUAGGUUGUUCUCGGCGUGAAGACAAGUGUAAUGGUGACUUAUAUUUCCAGAAAUCCUGGACUUCUCAGUUUUCAAAUAUCCAAUGCAUUCUGUAUUUUUCCU